CGGACGGCACUACACUAUGCUGCCUGGAAGGGACAUACAGGGACCGUAAAGUUGCUUGUCGAGCGAGGCACUAAUAUGGACGUCAAGGAUCACCUCAAGCGAACACCGCUGCACUAUGCUGCCGGCAGCGGGCAUACAAGCAUCGUUGAGCUGCUCGUCAAGCUCGGAGCUGAUACGGACACCAAAGACCAUGUUGGGCGGACGCCGCUGUCCGAUGCUCAGUGGGGUGACUACACAGAUAUUGUACAGCUGCUCGCCGAGCCAGGCGCCGAC